UGCCGGGGACGGAGCCGGAGCCGGAGCCGGAGCGGGCCAUGUCCCCGGCGGACCCCGAGCUGCUGCUGCGAGAGCUGGGCGGCUGGGACGGGGCGCUCUGCCGCCGGGAGCUGCCCUGCGUCCUGCCCCGCCUGCUCUCUAUGUAUCAAAAUUCUGAUGACUGGACUGAGCAUAUUCGUGUGCUGAAGAUCCUGACUGAAAUGUUUCUGCCUCAUAUCAACCUUUCAGAAUUAGAGCAAACCUUUUUCUCAAAAGUGUUACCCAAGGCAAUACAAUUAUUUGAUGAUUUGUUGUAUGAAUUAUCCUGUCAAGCCAAAGGACUAACCAGCCAGAAUUUAGAAUUAUGCAAAGCAGUGAGGAAUGUUUUACAGACUAUGGUGCAGCUGCUGGAAACUCUGACGGGUUGUGUGCGACAUAUCUGUACCCUGCAGGAGCCUGUGCCUCUAGAGAGCAUCCAUACCCUUCCCUCUUCUGUUCUUUAUGUAAUCAAAAACACAUUUAUGCACUGCAAGGACAGCGAGUCACUGUACAGUGGGUGCCUGCACUUGAUUUCUGACCUCCUCCAAUCUCUGUUUAAAGAAACCUAUUCUCUUCAAAAGCAGCUUAUGGAGCUGCUUGAUAUGAUCACUAUGGAAUCUGCUUCUGCUGAGGACAGUAUUAUAGAUAUGGUGUCAGUGAUCCAUACUGUGCUGGAGAUCUGCUCUGUCAUUUCCAACAUGGACCAUGCUCUUCAUGCCAACACAUGGAAGUUCAUAAUCAAGCAAAGCCUCAAGCACCAUUGCCUGCUCCAGAACCAUUUGAAACACAAGGACAUCCUCAGUGGCCUGUGCAAGGACACCCUCUUCUCGUUCCAUUCCUGUUUGCAGCUGGCUGAGCAGAUGAAGCUGUCUGGGACACAGGAGAGCACUGACUACAAGUUGUUCCAGAAGACAGUUAAACUGUGUAGAUUCUUUGCUAAUUCCCUUGUUCACUACAUCAAGGAAUUUAUUCCUUUCCUCUCUGAUUCCUGCUGUCGGUUACACCAGAUGUAUCUUCAGAUAUAUAGCAAAUUUCCUCCUAGUCUGUAUGCUCCGGUGAUUUCAGAGGCCCAUCAAGAUGAAAUAGCCAGGGUUUUUCUGGUGGCACUGGACCCCUCUCAUUCACCAGCUUCUUCCUUCAGGCCUUUUCUGGAGCAGGUAUUAAGUGAAAAAUUAGAUCUUUCUCCUGUGCAUCUGCCGCAGUGUCAUCUUCUGGUUACCAUAAUGGACAAGCUGCCUUCUCAGCCUGAGGAUGUGCAGGCUCUCUGGACCAAGGGAAGCCAGUUCUCAGAAGAUGUAACCCCACUUCUUUCAUUGUUCUGCAGGCUCUCUUUAUUCUCAGCCCUUUUUCUCGGUUUCCAGCAGUGCUCUGGUGAGCUCUCUCUUCCUGUUUGUUUGCCGGGACUGAUGGGUAAUGGACAAGCUGAGGUUCCUGUCACCCUGUAUCACCACCUUUGCGUCCACUUGUGUGCCUUCAUUGCAUCCACACCCCCAUCACACUUUCCUCAGCUGGAGCAUGCUCUGCUGGAUGCAGUCCUUGGUUCUAGUAUGAUCACCUCUCUACUGGCUAUGGAUUCAUGGUGCUUCCUGGCUCGGUAUGGAACGGCUGAAUUGUGUGCUCAUCACGUCUUUGUGAUAGCCCAUUUGAUAAAGUCUUGCCCUGGCGAGUGUUACCAACUCUCUGUCUUGGGGGUCCUACUGAGGCGUAUGCUGUUCUUGAUGGCUCCAGACCACCAGGUGGAGUUUACGCAAAAGUUUCCUCCCAAAGAACCAGAGAACCUGCCCCUGUGGCAGCAUAUUUCUCUCAAGGCCCUAACUCUUGAUCUUAGGAAACAAGUGGCGCACCAGCUCUGUGCGCUUGGGCUCACACAAUGCAGGCAGUGGCUGAGCGGCAGGUGCACUCUGGGAGAACUCCCACCUGUGAAUGUAGCUCUCUCUGUCUUGCUGACUGUGUGCAAUUCUGGUGGCGAAGCUCUGGAGGCAGGACUACAGGCAGCAGUGUUGGGAGCUGCUAGUCAGCUCUGGGCUCUCCUCCCGGUCAAGCAGGUCUCAAGUCAGCCAUGCCUCCAGCAGACACUUUGCUUGCUCCUUCCACUGCUGGAAUUUUUCAUCCAAACGUUAGACCCUCAGUUGAUAACUCAGGUGUUUGCAAUGCAGGCUUCCCUCCUUGAGUUGGAUCCCCCAGACCACGUUCGCUUGGCAGCACUGGAUCUGCUCUCUUCUAUGGGGAAACUGUUUAUGCCACAAGAAAUCCAGGGGCAAGUUAUACCCAAGCUGUCGUAUCUCUUUGCCUCUCUAUUGGCCGACAAGACUUGGCUGAUUUACCAACAUGCACUGGAGGCAUUCACUCAGUUUGCAGAGGCAACAAGGCAUGAAGAUGUAGUUCCUCAGUGCCUUAAUUCUGAAGAAACUAAAAACAAAGUUGUUUGCUUUCUGGCCAAGACAAGGCAAGGAGAGGAGAUGGCAGAAGCAAGGGCAGAACGAGUGAAACAGGAAAAGGCCAUCUGCAGUGCACACUUGCUUAAAAUGAAAAUGGAUGGCCAAUGGGGCUCAGCAUUAGAGCCUUUAGCAAAGAGAGCUUGUCACUCACCCUGUGAGGAGCAGUACAAGUCUGCUAUAGAUGCUGCAGAGAGCGCACUGGAAGCUGUGAAACUGUUGCUGCAGAAAGGACCAUCUCCUGCUUGGCUUGCAGUGAAAUUAGAGGCUCUACAGACAGCAGUAGCCAUCUUAAGAAACAGUGUACGGUAAGGUGUUAGAUGCUGAGCAGCUCAGCUGGCUGGGGGAGAUCACAGCUGGAAAAUGAACAAACUGAAAAUAAGGGGAGUUACCUGUGAUACCCUUCUACAAAACACAGAUUUUGAUAAAUAUGCCUACUGUUAAGGCAGAAGGCCUGUCUUCUGGAAGGGUUAAGCUGUUCAAUUUAACUGACUCCAUGCUGCUCUAACUUGGACCAGGGAAAGCUUAACAGCAUUGUGUAGUAAGGUUUUUGAAUCUGUUGUAAGAGAAAAUGGACCAUAUUUGUCCCUGUUACGUGGACACUUUUGUAUUAAACCGUUAACAAUGAA